CUGACAUAAUACUUAAACACACCCAGUGUAUUUUUAUUUUGUUAAGGCCCUGUGCAUUUAUAAUACCCAAUUUUGGGCAAGAACUUCUUCCCACCUCAACCUGUUUGACUUUCUAUAUAUAAAUUCUAGUGCUGGUUUAAAAAUUAUUCACAACAUUAGUAAACAAUGUGGCGAAUCGUCGUAAUUACUAUAACAGCGGCUGGUGUAUUUUUCAGUGCAAACGGUUCAAAGAGGUGCAUCAAUCAACAUCUUUACGAAGAUUUAGGUUGCAAGCCCAGCGAAAAGACCAAAGAUGACUGUCCGGAGGAGUACAAGUGUUUGGAUUUUUCGCCUCGUCCUGAAGGUUGUAAUUUCAAAUCCAGGAUGUAUCCAGUAGGAGAAAGAAUUGACGACGAUUUAAUCUACCCUGCCUGCAACGUUGGUUGUUUCUGUUCUAAUCGUACGGCCGUAAAUCCAAAAUUUACCUGCGCGAUUUUGGAUUGUCCCGAAUGGUUGGGAUCUCCUGUAAGUCCUGGUUGUUACAGGAGAUACAAAAAGGGUCACUGUUGUUCUUCAGGUCAAAUAUGCGAGUCGAAGAAAAGCGUGAAAUGCGAAGUUGAUGGAACAACAUAUAAAGAGGGCGAAAGGUUCUCACCGAAGAAUACCUGUUUAGACUGCGUUUGUGAUGAGGGCUUCAACGGAAAGUACGAGGAGAAGUUUUGUGUGAAGAAGAUAUGCGCCGUUGAAAUCCACGAUUCGGACAAACUUGACGGGAACUGCGCUCCCAUUUAUUAUGAAGAAAACAAAUGUUGUCCCGAUGGAUGGGUUUGUCCGAAUGGUAAGGAGAUGAUUGAAAACGGGGAAGGCAAGACUGAGGUGGGCUGCAAGUUUGGUGAUAAAAUUUUGAAGAUUGGCGACAAAUUCAAGACCAAAUAUCAACGAUGGAGUGGCAACGAGGGGGAUGUUGACUGUCAGUGCGAAGUUCCACCGUUUGUAACUUGCUUAGGGAAGAACUAAAUUUGUCUUUUUAUUGUUAAAAUGUACAAAAUUAUUUAAUAAGCCAAUGAUUGAUUGUA